GUCGGGAUGAGGCUCGGGUCGGGUCGGUGAGUUCUAUAAAAUGAAACUGGAGUUUUGGAAUUUGGGGAGCUUUGGAAUUUUAGGGGAGAGAGAGAGAGAUGGAGAGAUGGGUUGUGGACAUAUCGGAGUGGAACCCAUCUCCCAGAGACUUCUCGUUUGCCCUCUCUCUUCUUCCUCCUGCCGAGCAAUCCUCUGUAACCAGGUAUGUGCGGGAGGAAGACAGGAAACGGGGACUAGUGAGCCGGCUGCUUCAGUAUGCACUUGUACACCAAGUCCUGGCCAUUCCAUAUCAUCAUAUUCUCAUUAACCGCACCUCUCAAGGCAAACCUUAUCUGGAAUGUGGGGGCGAUGUAUGCUUGGAUUUUCCCAAUUUUAAUUUCAAUGUCUCGCAUCAUGGUGACUAUGUGGCUUUAGCAUCUGAACCUUUAUGCCUUGUGGGGGUUGACAUUGUCUCCCUUGUCAGUCCUCAGGGUGAGACAGUUCCAGAAUUCCUUCAAAGCUUCUCCUCAUACUUUUCAAGUUUUGAAUGGCAUAACAUUUGCACUGCUGGUACAAACCAUGAUAUGCUGGUUGAGUUUUACAGAUAUUGGUGUUUGAAAGAAGCUUUUGUCAAAGCAAUUGGGAGUGGAUUGGCAGACGAUUUGGACAAAGUGGAAUUUCAUCACAGUUGCUGGGAAAACAUUUCGGUUCACAUUCGGGGGAAGGCUGCGAGUGACUGGCGCUUUUGGCUUCAAGAGUUGGGUAAGAAUCAUCUGGUAUCCAUUGCCAAGGGUCAUCCAAGAUCAGCUUCUGGAAGUUACAUGAGAACUUUAAGACAAACGGAAUUUGAUGAAAAGGAAUAUCAUGCAGCACUUCAUCUUCCAAAUGUAGGAUUUGUCUCGAGAACUGUAGAACAACUAAUUAAGGUUUUACACAAAGCCCCUGUACAUCAUACCUAGAAGUUUAUCUAUGAUGUCGCUUGAGUGUUACAGAAGACAUGAAGAUCCAAGAGCAGCAGUACUUUCAACAUUUUGUGUUAAGUGUGGCUGAGGACAUGCAGUGUUUGCCCCAUCACCACCAUAUUACAGAAGGCAUAUCGUACCUAGAAUAGUUCUGUUGUUUGUGCCCACUGACAAGCAACCUUUUGUUUAGGUGGUCAUUUGGAUAUCAAAGUUUAAUAGAGAUUAGUCGAGUUAAACGUCCAGAUUAGUUUCGGGUACUUAGGUUGGAUCGGGGUAUGAAUGUGAGACACGGGGUGUGUAUUCAAUCUAGAGCCUGUUGGAUUGUGAUUGUUUUGUAGUUUAUAUGAUUUUUUUUUAUCUGAAGAUGUUCGUGUUAAUUCGUCAAUAAGA